CUGGCUGCACUUUCGAGGAGGACGGUGACCCGAACCAGUGUGAGUACAGCCAGGGCGAGGACGAUGACUUCGGGUGGGAGCUCGUCCGCAGCUAUAUGAUGCCACACCUGACGGCUGACCUGCCUCACGGCUCCUACCUGAUGGUGAACUCCUCGCAGCACGCCCCGGGCCAGAAAGCUCACCUGCUUUUCCAGGCGCUGAGCGAGAAUGACCCCCAUUGCCUCCAGUUCAGCUACUUCAUGUACAGCCGGGACGGCCACAGCCCCGGCACCCUCAGCGCCUACGUCCGGGUGACGGGGGGCCCCGUGGGCAGCGCCGUCUGGAACGCCUCCGGCUCCCACGGCCGCCAGUGGCACCAGGCGGAGUUGGCCGUCAGUUUGUUCUGGCCCAGCGAGUACCAGGUCCUCUUCGAGGCGGUGGUCUCCAGCGAGCGCAGGGGUUAUCUUGGCUUGGAUGACAUUUUGCUUUUGAAUUAUCCGUGCUCGAAAGCUCCUCAUUUCUCCCGCCUGGGCGAUGUGGAGGUCAACGCGGGGCAGAACGCCACCUUCCAGUGCGUGGCAGCCGGCAAGGCCGCCGAGGCCGAGCGGUUCCUCAUGCAGAGGCAGAGCGGUGAGGUGGUCCCUGCUGCCUCCGUGAAACACAUCAGCCACCGGCGCUUCCUGGCCACCUUCCAGCUGGACGAGGUGUCCAAGGAGGAACAGGACCUCUACCGCUGCGUCACCCAGUCCAGCCGCGGCUCAGGCGUCUCCAACUUCGCCGAACUCAUCGUGAAAGAGCCCCCCACUCCCAUCGCGCCCCCCCAGCUGCUCCGCGCCGGCUCCACCUACCUCAUCAUCCAGCUCAACACCAACUCCAUCAUCGGCGACGGCCCCAUCGUGCGCAAGGAGAUCGAGUACCGCAUGACUUCGGGGCCCUGGUCGGAGGUCCACGCUGUCAACAUGCAGACCUACAAGCUUUGGCACUUGGAUCCGGACACGGAGUACGAGAUCAGCGUCCUGCUCACACGGCCCGGCGAGGGGGGCACCGGCAAACCGGGGCCACCCCUCAUCAGCCGCACCAAGUGUGCAGAGCCCAUGCGGGCCCCCAAAGGCCUGGCUUUCUCCGAAAUCCAAUCCAGGCAGCUGACAUUGCAGUGGGAGCCGCUGGGUUACAACCUGACCCGCUGUCACACUUACACCGUCUCGCUCUGCUACCGCUAUUUCGUGGGCGCCGGCCACAACCAAACCUUCCGCGAGUGCGUGAAGAUGGAGCGGAACACCAACCGCUACACCAUCAAAAACCUGCUGCCCUACAAGAACAUCCACGUCAAGCUCAUCCUCUCCAACCCCGAGGGUCGCAAGGAGGGCAAGGAGGUGGUAUUCCAGACGGAUGAGGAUGUGCCUGGCGGCAUCGCCUCGGAGUCCCUUACCUUCACCCCGCUGGAGGACAUGAUAUUUCUGAAGUGGGAGGAACCGGUGGAGCCCAACGGCCUCAUCACACAGUACGAGAUCAGCUAUCAGAGCAUCGAGUCCUCCGACCCGGCGGUCAAUGUGCCCGGCCCACGACGUACCGUCUCCAAGCUACGCAACGAGACCUACCACGUCUUCUCCAACCUCCACCCCGGCACCACCUACCUCUUCUCAGUCCGGGCCCGCACCGGCAAGGGCUUCGGCCAGACGGCGCUCACCGAGAUCACCACCAACAUCUCUGCUCCCACCUUCGACUACGGGGACAUGCCGUCGCCGCUGAGCGAGUCGGAGAGCACCAUCACGGUGCUGCUGCGGCCGGCGCAGGGCAGAGGGGCUCCCAUCAGCACCUACCAGGUCAUCGUAGAAGAAGACCGGCCCAAGAAGCUCAAGCGGGAGCUGGGUGGGCAGGAGUGCUUCCCGGUGCCGCUCACCUUCGACGAUGCCGUGUCCCCUGGCUCCGUGCACUACUUUGGGGCCGAGCUGCCCGCCAGCAGCCUCACCGAAGCCAAACCCUUCACCGUGGGGGACAACCAGACCUACAGCGGCUAAACGAAACCCCCCCCGGCGCCAACGUAUCUCUUCUACUUCCAAGCCAUGAGCAACCUCAAAGGGGAAACCCGGCUGAACUGCGUCCGGAUCGCCCGCAAAGCUGCCUGCAAAGAGAGCAAGCGUCCCCUGGAGGUGUCGCAGCACUCGGAGGAGAUGGGUCUGAUCCUGGGGAUCUGCGCCGGAGGGCUCAUCGUCCUGAUUAUCCUCCUGGGAGCCAUCAUCAUCGUCAUUCGGAAAGGGAGGAACUACUAUUCUUAUUCCUAUUACCCAAAACCCGUCAACAUGACCAAAGCCACCAUUAACUACCGCCACGAGAAGACACACAUGAUGAGCGCCAUUGACAGGAGCUUCACUGACCAGAGCACACUGCAGGAGGACGAGCGCUUGGGGCUCUCCUUCAUGGACACCCACAACUACGGCAACCGGGGCGACCAGCGCAGCAGCGUGGUCAACGAGUCCAGCAGCCUGCUGGGGGGCUCCCCUCGCCGCCAGUGCGGCCGCAAAGGGUCCCCAUAUCACACUGGGCAGCUCCAUCCCGCUGUCCGGGUGGCGGAUCUCCUCCAGCAUAUCAACCAGAUGAAGACGGCAGAAGGCUACGGCUUCAAGCAGGAGUACGAGAGUUUCUUUGAAGGCUGGGAUGCUUCGAAGAAGAAAGACAAGACCAAAGGGAGACAGGAUCACAUAUCGACAUAUGACCGUCACCGAGUGAAGCUGCACCCGCUGUUGGGCGAUCCCAACUCGGACUACAUCAACGCCAACUACAUUGACGGCUACCACAGGUCCAACCACUUCAUAGCCACGCAAGGGCCCAAGCAGGAGAUGGUGUAUGACUUCUGGCGCAUGGUGUGGCAGGAGCACUGUUCCAGCAUUGUGAUGAUAACCAAACUGGUGGAGGUGGGCCGGGUGAAAUGCUCCAAAUACUGGCCGGAUGACUCCGAGAUGUACGGGGACAUCAAGAUCACUCUGGUGAAGUCAGAGACGCUGGCCGAGUACGCUGUCCGCACCUUCGCUCUGGAGAGGCGGGGCUACUCAGCCCGGCACGAGGUGAAGCAGUUCCACUUCACGUCGUGGCCCGAGCACGGCGUCCCCUACCACGCCACGGGGCUGCUGGCCUUCAUCCGCAGGGUGAAGGCGUCCACGCCGCCCGAUGCCGGCCCCAUCGUUAUCCACUGCAGUGCCGGCACGGGGAGAACUGGCUGCUAUAUCGUCCUGGACGUGAUGUUGGACAUGGCUGAGUGCGAGGGUGUCGUGGACAUCUACAACUGCGUGAAGACCCUGUGCUCGCGGAGGAUCAACAUGAUACAGACGGAGGAGCAGUACGUCUUCAUUCAUGACGCCAUCCUGGAAGCCUGCCUGUGCGGGGAGACCAGCAUCCCCGCCAACGAGUUCAAGCCCACCUACAAGGAGAUGAUGAGGAUAGAGCCACAGAGCAACUCCUCACAGCUGCGGGAAGAGUUUCAGACCCUGAACUCGGUGACUCCCCACUUGGACGUGGAGGAGUGCAGCAUUGCCCUCCUGCCCCGCAACCGGGAGAGGAACCGCAGCAUGGACGUCCUGCCACCCGACCGAUGCCUUCCCUUCCUCAUCUCCGUGGACGGAGACAGCAACAACUACAUCAACGCGGCCUUAACCGAUAGCUACACCAAGAGCGCUGCCUUCAUCGUCACCCUGCACCCGCUGCAGAACACCACCACCGACUUCUGGCGGUUGGUGUAUGACUACGGCUGCACAUCCAUCGUCAUGCUCAACCAGCUCAACCAGUCCAACUCCGCCUGG